AUGGCGCUCGCGCGCGCGCGCGUGACGCCGUGCGCGCGUCGAUCGCGCGCGAGAAACCCCUCGGGAUGGCGUCGACGCGCCGCGGUGACCGAGGCGACGGCGCGCACGAUGUACGAUAAGAUCGUGGCGGAUCACGCGGUGCGCACGCAGGCGGACGGGACGCUCCUGCUGUACAUCGAUCGACACAUGAUUCACGAGGUGACGUCGCCGCAGGCGUUCGAGGGGCUGCGAACGGCGGGACGGGACGUGCGACGACCGGAUAACACGCUGGCCACGGUGGAUCAUAACGUGCCGACGAGCGAUCGAAGCGCGUUCGUGAGCGCGGAGACGUUCAUUCAGGAGAUGGACUCCAGGGUGCAAGUGUUGACGUUGGAGGAGAACGUGAAGGAUUUUGGGGUGACGUAUUUCGGGAUGGACGAUAAGCGACAGGGGAUCGUGCACAUCAUCGGACCGGAGCAAGGGUUCACGCUGCCGGGAACGACGGUGGUGUGCGGGGACUCGCACACGGCGACGCACGGGGCGUUCGGGGCGCUGGCGUUCGGGAUCGGUACGUCCGAAGUCGAGCACGUGCUCGCGACGCAAACUUUGUUGCAAAAGCCGAGUAAAAAUAUGCGCAUCACGAUCGACGGCAAGCUCGGAGACGGGGUGACGAGCAAGGAUAUUAUUUUACACAUCAUCGGCGUGAUCGGCACGGCGGGCGGGAACGGAUCCGUCAUCGAGUUCGCGGGUGAGGCCAUUCGUUCACUUUCCAUGGAAGCUCGCAUGAGCAUCUGUAACAUGGCGAUCGAAGGCGGCGCUCGCGCGGGCAUGAUCGCUCCGGACGACAUCACUUUUGAAUACCUGAAGGGGCGUCCGAUGUCUCCGCGCGGCGAGACUUGGGACCGGGCCGUGGAGUACUGGAGGUCCCUCGCCUCGGACGCGGGGGCGAAGUAUGACCAAGAGAUCGUCAUCCCGGCCUCUGACAUCGAGCCGUCGGUGACGUGGGGUACUUCCCCGCAAGAUGUCGUCGGAAUCACCGGUGUCGUCCCGAACCCCAAGGAUUUUGACGAAGCGCGUGGCAAGUCCAUGCAGCGUGCUCUCGAUUACAUGGGUCUCACCCCGGGCACGAAGAUGCAAGACGUCAAGGUGGACAAGGUCUUCGUGGGUUCGUGUACGAACGGCCGCAUCGAAGACGUGCGCGCCGUUGCCGCCGUCGCCAAGGGGAAGAAGGUCGCAGACGGCGUCUACGCGAUGGUCGUCCCGGGAUCCGGCUUGGUCAAGGAGCAAGCCGAGGCUGAGGGCUUGGACGUCAUUCUGAAGGAAGCCGGUUUCGACUGGCGCGAACCUGGUUGCUCGAUGUGCCUCGCGAUGAACCCGGACAAGUUACUCCCGGGCGAACGCUGCGCGUCCACGUCCAACCGUAACUUCGAGGGCCGUCAAGGUAAUGGUGGUCGCACGCACUUGGUCUCCCCUGCCAUGGCCGCCGCGGCCGCGAUCACCGGUAAGCUCACAGACGUCCGUACCUUGGGGUCUGGCGUUGGGUUGACCGGUGACGACGCUCCGGGCAAACGCGAGAGCAAGGACUUCUUGUCUGGUGACCUCGUCGUCGCCCCAGCGCCGGCAAAGAAGAGCGCCGGUGCUUCCGGCGCUGGCGGCAUGGCCAAGUUCACCACCCUCAAGGGCGUUGCCGCGGCCAUGGAGCUCCAGAAUAUCGACACCGAUAUGAUCAUACCGAAACAAUUCUUGAAGACCAUUAAACGUACCGGUCUCGGCGUGUCUGCCUUCUACGAAAUGCGUUACGACGAAGAAGGCAAGGAACGCCCGGAUUUCGUGCUCAACAACGAGCCGUACCGCAAUGCCUCCAUUUUAAUCGCCGGUAACAACUUCGGAUGCGGCUCCUCUCGCGAGCACGCACCGUGGGCGAUCAAUGACUUCGGCAUUCGAUGCAUCAUCUCCACCGCUUUUGCGGAUAUCUUCUUCAACAACUGCUUCAAGAACGCCAUGCUGCCGAUAGUGCUCGACGAGAAGACUGUCAACACGCUCAUGGCUGACGCGAACGCCAAGCAAGAGCUCGAGAUCGAUCUCCCUAACCAGGUCAUCAUCCGCUCCAACGGCGAAAAGAUUCCGUUCGACGUCGAUCCGUUCCGCAAGGACUGCCUCAUCAACGGUUUGGACGAUAUCGGGCUCACGAUGCAGCACGACGCCGAUAUUUCCGCCUUCGAACAAAUGCGCACGGAGAAGUAUCCGUGGCUCAACGGCGCCGGUUACCCCCAGGCAACCUCCGCCGCGCGUUAG